CUUGUACUUUUUUUUGUUCCGUUGGUGUUUAGUGAAGUUGUUCUCUUUUGGUUGUGGACGUAGGUCUAGUUGACCAAACCACGUUAAAUUUGUGUCUCAUUUAUUUUCUCAAUUUAUCGUUAUUAUCGUUUUGUUAUCGUCUUCAAACGAUUAUUUUGUUUAAUCCCGCACUAUCCAAGAUUCUCGAUCCGAACACAUUUCAAUCUCCAAUUAUUUUGAGUGAUUAUGUAAACCAUUUCACACUUAGCACUCAUUUUCACUCCUAUUCCUCCUCCCAAAAAUACCAAAAAAAACAUAGAGAUCUACUUUCCCCCCACCCAUUUCAAGAUUCAUUGGAAGAUAUUCAAUGGCAGUAUUUUCUGAACAAAUCGCUUAAAGUCAAUGAAAUAUCAGCUGUUGAUACGGGGAGCCAUAUUCGAAGGAUCUUUUUUCUAUUAACAAACAUUUUUGCCUAGUACAUAACACAAGUGAUCAAAGUUCCAGCAAACAUUUUUGUUUGUUGAAAAUGGGUAAAGCUACGAGGUGGUUCAAGGGAUUGCUUGGGAUGAACAAAGACAAGGAAAAUGUAGGCAUGUUGGAUUCCUCCGAAAAGAGAGACAAGAAAAGAUGGAGCUUUGGGAAGUCUUCGAAAGAAUCAACUGGUGAGAAUACGGUGAACUUUUCGGGGAGUGUCAUUGGGGUGGAUGCUAAUUGGCUGAGAUCUUACAUGUCUGAGAAUGAGAAGGAGCAGAGCAAGCAUGCAAUUGCUGUAGCUGCGGCCACUGCGGCCGCAGCCGAUGCUGCAGUAGCCGCAGCGCAAGCUGCCGUGGCAGUGGUGAGAUUGACAAGUCAAGGGAGGAGUAGUAUGUUUACUACUGGGCGGGAGAAAUGGGCUGCUGCUAAGAUUCAAAGUGUUUUCAGAGGUUAUUUGGCGAGAAAAGCACUAAGAGCACUUAAAGGACUGGUGAAAUUGCAGGCUCUGGUAAGGGGUUUCCUUGUCCGAAAAAGAGCUGCUGCAACUCUUCACAGCAUGCAGGCGCUCAUCAGAGCGCAGGCUGCUGUUCGAUCUCAAAGAGCUCGUCGUUCGAUGACUAAUGACACUAGACACCAACCCGAGAUGCGAGCUAGGAGGUCCAUUGAAAGAUUUGAUGAGUAUAGAAAUGAAUUCCACAGCAAGAGGCUUUCAACUUCGAAUGAGACGUCAUAUGAUGGAUUUGAUGAAAGCCCGAAAAUUGUAGAAAUUGACACAUACAGGACUAAAUCAAGGUCGCGUAGAAUGAACAAUGCUUGUAUGUCUGAAUCUGGAGAUGAGCAGCAUUAUCAAGCUAUGUCAUCGCCACUCCCCUGUCCACAUCCAGCCCAUCUUUCGAUCCCAGAUUGCCGUCAUCUUCAGGAUGUUAACUGGAGCUUUCUGGCAGACGAGCAAUGCAAGUUUGCCUCUGCACAAAGUACCCCUCGUUUUACAGGUUCUGGACGGUCCAAUGCGCCACCUACACCAGCCAAAAGCGUUUGUGGAGAUGGCCACUUCCGUUCUUAUGCCAACUUUCCUAAUUACAUGUCUAACACACAGUCAUUUCGCAAUAAGCUACGAUCCCAUAGCGCGCCAAAGCAAAGACCAGAGCCGGCAGGGCCAAAGAAGAGGCUGUCGCUGAACGAAAUAAUGGCAUCAAGAACAAGUUUUAGUGGUGUUAGAAUGCAAAAGUCUUGUUCUCAAGUGCAAGAAGAGUACUGUUUCUGAUAAAUUUUUGUUUGGCAUUGGCCUACCUUAACUUUGGGUUAUUGAAUCAUAGAUAUAAGAUAAUGGCUGUAUAGAGAAGAUAAUCUUAAAAGUUAAACUUCUCUAGUGCUUAUCCUUCACAGGAAAUGGUGACAAAUUAGUACUAGGAUAGAGUGGUGUGCUUAUGUAAAUUCUUUGACAGUGUUCUAUCAAUGAAUCUUGCUUCUUGAAUUGUA